CAAAGGUUACCCUACUUCCUUGUGGUCUGUUGUGUAAUCGUUAUUCAACUCUCACAGUUUGCUGUUUUAGACGGCGCGUUUUCCCGUUUUUGCUGACAGUUGAUGCUGUCAAACAUCAAGAUGUCAUUCUGUUCAUUCUUCGGCGGAGAGAAAUUCAAAGAUCACUUCGAAGUUGGUCACUACGCAUGUUCUAAGUGUGGGUAUGAACUGUUCUCCAGUAAAGCUAAGUACGCCCACUCCUCACCCUGGCCUGCCUUCACCGAGACUAUCCACGAGGACAGUCUGUCCAAGAGGCCUGAUGGUCAUAACGCCCUAAAGGUGUCCUGUAACAAGUGUGGCAACGGGCUGGGUCACGAGUUCCUACGGGACGGUCCCAAGGGAAAUUCACGCUUUUGAAUAUUCUCGGACUCUCUGAAGUUCGUACCCAGUAAAAAUCAGGCCAAUGGGCCUCAGACUAACGGUCAGGCAUAACUGGUUUAUGUCUGCCACAAAUGGGCACUGCUUUAUCAACAAGUAGAAUACAAACAUCUGUGCACUCUUCUUACUUUCUAAAAGUAUCAGUAAAAAUGUACAAACAUUUCCUAAAUGAUACCAAAGAAUUUCUGUGUUGCCAUGCAGUAUGUGAGCCAGUGAUGCACAUUUUCUAUUACUAGUACUAGUAGUAGAUUGAAAUGUAGGCUGACACCAUAUUGUGUAUUCAUUUGGUAUCCUUUACUUGAAAUCCACUACCAAGAAAACUGAGAUUUUAUACUUCUUUUAACUUACUAGUAUUUUGGAUUUUAAUGACCUUCAAGCUCACCAUAUUUAAAUUUACUCUUUGUCUGACCAUUGGACCUCCUGCCAAUCUUGCUCUGUCACCAUGUGCUGUCGACCACCUCUCAAGUUUACCCCCAUUUCUUGUGUCUGACCUUUUGUGUCUGACCUUCUGUCAUUCUGCCUGUCCAUCUCCCCAUGCUGUCAACCUACCCUUUCCAGAGAUACACAAACCCACCGUUCAGCCACCCAAAGCAAUACAUCUCUCCCCAUAAGUAACAAGAGUGCACAGAUUGUAUCUGGCAGUGCCCAUUUGACCUUGAUGCAGCUGCAUGAUUGCCCAGCUGAGGCCAGCGAAUGAAGCGUUCCUGCCAAACCCUCCCCAGGACAGCAGGGACAGCCGAGACACAGCAUGGCCUUCUGGGAAAUCAUCCACCUCCAUUUAACCCCCCUCCCAUCUUCCGAGGAACCACGGAUUGUUCAACUCUUUUAAA